UGUCGUUUCUUACUUGCAUUUCCCAUCCCUCUUGAGCUAAAUCUUCUUCUUUCUUUCCAUCCCCAGAGAUCUAUCGUGUCUGAACCCUAGAAGCCUUUUUUACUACAUCUGCAAGUAUGGCGACCAAUGCACCAAAUUUAGAGUGUCGUAUGUACGAAGCAAAAUAUCCUGAAGUCGACAUGGCAGUGAUGAUUCAAGUGAAGAACAUUGCUGAUAUGGGUGCUUAUGUAUCGCUUCUGGAGUACAACAACAUCGAGGGCAUGAUCCUUUUCUCUGAGCUUUCUCGUCGUCGGAUUCGGAGUGUGAGCAGUCUGAUUAAGGUGGGACGAAUAGAGCCCGUUAUGGUUCUUAGGGUGGAUAAGGAGAAAGGUUAUAUUGAUCUUAGCAAGAGAAGGGUUUCGGAGGAAGAUAUCCAGGCUUGCGAGGAGAGGUAUAACAAGAGUAAGCUCGUCCAUUCCAUCAUGCGCCAUGUCGCUGAGACCAUGCAACUUGAUUUAGAGGAUCUGUAUAUCCAUGUUGGUUGGCCUCUGUACCGCAAAUAUGGACACGCUUUUGAGGCAUUCAAGUUAAUUGUGACUGAUCCUGAUUCGGUGUUGACUUCCCUCACCCGUGAAAUUAAAGAAGUUGGGCCUGAUGGUCAGGAGGUCACUAAGGUAGUGCCUGCUAUGUCAGAAGAGGUAAAGGAUGCUUUGAUAAAAAAUAUUAGGAGGCGGAUGACCCCCCAACCAUUGAAGAUUCGUGCAGAUAUUGAAAUGAAGUGUUUUCAGUUUGAUGGGGUUCUUCACAUCAAGGAGGCUAUGCGGAAGGCUGAAGCUGCUGGCAAUAAUGAUUGCCCGGUGAAGAUUAAACUGGUUGCUCCUCCCCUCUACGUUCUUACCACUCAAACUCUGGACAAGGAGCAAGGGAUAUCUGUUCUUAACAAUGCAAUCAGGGCCUGCACUGAAGCGAUAGAGAGUGAAAAGGGAAAACUUGUAGUAAAGGAGGCAGCAAGAGCUGUGAGCGAGCGGGAAGAUAAACUACUUGCUGAGCACAUGGCGAAACUGAGCUCUCAGAAUGAGGAGGUUAGUGGUGAUGAAGACAGUGAAGAAGAAGAAGAUACGGGAAUGGGAGAAAUUGACGUGGAAAAUGCAGCCUCUGGAUUAGCAGAAUGAAGGCACAACAUGUUAGAUUGAGGUUGGGACUU